CCCGCUCUUAUAACUAGAAACCCUUUUGUGAGCUCACGGGCCCACGGCCAUGGCGGUUCCGUACGAAUAUCAAGACCCAUUUCCUCAGCAGAAGCUUCAAAGGUGUUCUUCUCUGAGGGUUCAUCUGUGAUUUCCAUAUAGCCUUUGAUUCUCAUCGGAAAGGCUAUUAGGGAAUGGGGAUGGCUCUAGAGACCUUUGUGGAUUCCAACUUUCAAAUGGCAGCACGAUCUCUGGCAUCGACUUGGCCAACUGGGGGCUUUGUGGGGUCCUCAAGUUCUGAUAACUUGCCACCAAAAGAUGAGCACUACCAGGCUGUGGUAGCUUCCCUCUUGAAUGCAUCUUCUGGAAACUUGCCAAAUGCUGCAGCUAUGAUUGCACAUUUGAAUUUAGAUAGGGUCUCAGGGGAAAUGAAUCUGACUGCCUUAAAUAAUACAACAAAUGGCCUGAGUGGUAGGCCAAGUUCCUUAGUCACAAAUUCCAAACCAGCACUUUCAAAGGGUCCUCAUUUGCAUAGAAGUUCCGGUAGCAACACGGAUUCUUACCUAGAGUUACCCACAUCUCCUGCAUCAUUCUCCUCCCGUAACCUAAGCUCAAGCUCUUCAGUUCUUGACGGUUCCUCCAUCGCACAGCAUACAUCCUAUUUAGACACAAACUGUGUACAAGUUCAUAAAAGGAAACAUCAGCAAAAGGUUGCUGAAAUGCAUAAAAAUUCACUUGUAAAUGGCAUAAAGCAGGACAACCGCACGCCAACGCAGAUGCAUAAGAAACCUAGAUUAGACAUCCAGCAAGAGGCUAUUAUGCACCAACGUAUUCUUCAGCAGCUACUGCAGAAUUCAGAUUCAGCACAAUUGCGAGGACAUGUACCCCAAUUACAAGCACUGUUUCAGCAGCAUCAGUUUCAAAACCAGAAGUGGCAAAAGAUUUUGCAGUCUAUUGCACAGUAUCAGGGAGUUGACGUGCAGCAGCAGCAACAACAACAACAGAUGAGGCAGCACCUGCAACAGCAAGCCCUGCAUCAAGUACCUGCUAUGCACCCCUCAAAUGAAGGCAUCUGUUCACGCCGGUUAAUGCAGCAAAUAUAUCAUCUGCGGCAACGACCAGCUGACAAUGGUAUUUUUUAUUGGAGGAAAUUUAUCGCAGAGUAUUAUGCUCCUUGUGCUAGGAGAAGAUGGUGUUUUUCUUUGUAUGAUAAAGUUGGACACCAUGCCUUCAGUAUGAUUCCCCAGACAGCUAUGGAUGCAUGGCAAUGCAACAUAUGUGGUUGUGAAUCAGGAAGGGGGUUUGAGGUGACUUCUGAAUUACUUCCUAGGCUCAAUAAAAUGACAUUCGACAGUGUGAUGGAUGAACUAUUGAUUCUUGAUUUACCACGCGAGCGUAGAUUCCCUUCUGGAUUAAUGAUGUUGGAAUAUGAAAAAGCUGUUCAAGAGAGUGUCUAUGAGAAACUUUGUGUUGUUCGUGAGGGUCAUCUACGCAUUAUUUACACCCAUGAUUUGAAGAUAUUGUCCUGGGAAUUUUGUUCACAGCAUCAUGAAGAACUUUUGCCUCGAACUUUCUUUGCAUCUCAGUUUAAUCAGUUGGUUCAUGCUGCACGGAUGCGUAAAAGCACUGAUGGUGGAAGUGUGUCCGUUGUGGUGGCACCAGAGGAUUUACAAGCAAAUUGUGAAACGUUCCUGGUGGCUGGAAGUCAACUUGCAAGAACUUUGGACCUACAGCUGGUUGAUGACUUGGGAUUUGCAAAAAGAUAUACCCAGUGCUUGCAGAUUGCUGAGAUUGUCAACAUUAUGAAAGAUUUAAUGACUUUCUCCCGGAAUAAUAACAUGGGACCAAUAGAGAGCUUGAAGAAUUAUUCCCAAGAAACCACCACAAUGAAGCUUCGGAAAGAGGAAUUAGAAGAAAAGGAGGGUGUUGGGAGUGCUCAAGGUCUGCCAACUGACAAGGAUAAGAUGAUUGCUGCAUCCACUGCUCCUGGGAGCAACGUAAAUGAAAGUCUAGUUAUGACCAAUGGAGUACAUUUGACUAGCACAGAACAGGGGGCAUUGGUGCUGCCAGAUUAUUAUCACAAAUUGCUGAGACAGAACUCCUUGACCUUUGAUGUGGGUGAAGUGAAGCAGCAGAGUUAUUCUCCUUAUGUGUCCAACGAGGGUGCUCCCUUUAAACCAUAUAACGGUCCUAAAACCUCAAGUUCAGGGCUAAUCCAAAACUCACCAAUGGACGGUUUGUCAAGUUCUCAUUCCUUGGAAGGCAGCCAGAAUAAACCGGACCAGGCAAUCCAAAAGAUACUGCAGGAGAUGGUCAACAACAGCAGAAAAGUGAAUGGGACAGCUGGGGACAGAGUUAUCCGUGAGGUUGGCAAGAGUACUGUUGUUGACUUGCCUACAAGAGGCAAGGAAACAGAUGUUGUUCGAAAUGGGUUAAGUUCUGGGAACGUCGCAGCCCCAAGAAAUGCAUUGGGUGGUACUGCCGGGAGGAUCAGCAACUCAGGAACUGUCUUUAAUAGAGAGAGAAGCACUCCUCCUUGGGCUGCUUCUGGGACACCUCCCCACCUUUCUUAUCUGUCGCUUAGGGACAUUGAGAACAAGAAGGAGGGAAAGCAACAGCAGAUUCUCUCCCACAGCCCCAAAACAAGAAUGACUGGAUUUUCAGUUGCUUCAAGUCAGGGCUCACCAUCAGAUUCUCCUGGAUUGAACCGCUGGUUCAAACCGGUGGUCGAUACACCCUCAUCCAUUUGCUCGAUUCAGAUCGAGGAAAAGGCUAUAAAAGACCUCAAGCGUUUUUACAGCAGCGUUAAGAUUGUCAAGAACCAGUCCUGAGAGGGCCAUGUCAUAUUUUCUUUAGCAGGUAGCAGUCCCGGCUCUUCUUUGUUGUUUUUGUUUUUUUGUUUUUCCCCUUCAUUAAUGCUCUUGCUGUAAAAUUGAUUGUACAGCUGAUCUGUACAUUCAACUCUUUUGAUUGAUAGAGUAGUUCUCAAUCUUCUUCCCACCUCUUUUUCUUUCUCUUUUGCCACCUUUCUUUUCUCAAAAGUCUGGCAAAUCUUAGAUUUUAGAUAAGUUCUUGUUGAUGCAAGUUGUAAAUUCUACCAGAAAUGGCUGUUUCUCUAGUAGAUAUAAUAAUGUACUAAUAAUACUGUUGUACUCUUCACAUGAUCUCUUAGAGGGUCACAUUUUUCUUUUCUUAGUCUUUUGAUCCUUCUUGGCAAAUACUAGAUUGCUCAGAGUAGAUUGGAAAUCAUGUAUUUGUUGUUUGUUCUAGUCUUUAGAAUCUUUAAUUCAAUAAACAUGCACUCUUCAGUUGAAUUAUUUGGAUUUUUGGCUGCGUAAUGAUUGACCAAAACAAAAAA